UUUUUUUUUUGUUUUGUCGACUGAGUUAGAAUUUGGGAUUGACGAUAGUUUUGAGAUGAGUAGAUUGAUUUCGAGGAUGUGAAGUAUGAUUCCUUUUUUACUCAAAAAGGAGGUCCUUUUAGGGUUGUUAGGCGUGGACAAUUGAAAUAUUUGGUCAUUCAAGCUAUGGCUCCAUGGAAAAACAAGAAAAGAGCUGCUAAUGUAGUGGAAGCCUCCUUGGCGCCAUCCUCAUCUUCUGUAGCCGAAACUUCAAAGUCACUAAAGCCUGAACCCAAAAUUAUGAAGAAACCCUCAAACCAGAAUUCUGCAAAGGAAAUAAUCAAAACCACUUCUGAGGUGGAGGCCUCCUCAUUACCAUCCUCAUCAGGAAAGGAGAAUUCAAAGAUAGCAAAGCCUGUUACUAAGAUUGUGAAGAAAUCCCAAAAUCAGAAUUUCGCAAGGAGAAGAAGAAAAAAUCAUACGCCACAGGCUCAGGAUAAAUCUAAGGAUGACAAGAAGAAUGGGCAAGAGGCCAACAAGGAAGUGAGUAACACUGAAAGAAAUGAUGAGAAGAAUACAAAGUCCAGUGAGAGAUCCGAAAAGAAGGAUGAUAACAAUGAGGAGAAAAGUGAGAAGAGGCAGAGGGAUCACAAGGAUAAGGAAAAACUUGGAGGCCUGAUUAUGAUGUGCAAUUCAAAAACGAAGCCCGACUGUUUUCGCUUUAAAGUCAUGGGUGUUUCGGUUAACAAGAAAGAGCUUGUCUUAGCCAUCAAACCUGGUCUAAAGCUCUUCCUCUUUGAUUUCGAUCUCAAGCUACUUUAUGGAAUCUAUAAGGCAUCUUCUGUUGGUGGGAUGAAGCUUGAGCCUAAAGCUUUUGAUGGUGCCUUCCCUGUUCAGGUGCGUUUUAAAGUCCUCAAGGAUUGUAUUCCCCUACCCGAAGAUGUGUUUAAGAAGGCAAUCAGAUUCAGAGGCAAACACAGUGAUAAUAAAUUUCAGACUCAGCUAACUGUAGAACAAGUAAAGAAGCUCACAGAUCUAUUCAAACCCCUCCAACGGCAGCAAUCAAUUCCCCUCUCAUAUGGUUGGCCUGUAUCACCAAUACGCACAGAUGAUUCUGCUCGUAUGCCAACCGUGUCCCAUAGAGAAACUUAUGAAAACAGAAGAGACUCACAAAUAGACAGGCAACGGUUCACAAGAGACCAUUACUCUCCCAGAGAAGAACGUAUGCAUCACAGGCCAGCUGAUCGAGAAAGGGAGCGAUUUUCUAGGCAUCAUGGCUCUCCACCCAGAGAACGCACUUACAGUAGAUUACCAAAAAAAUCUGAUGAUGCCCUAUUUCUUAGUGAAAAAGAUUAUCGGACUUAUGGUCUUAGUCGAGCCGAACAUGCCAGAAGAUCUCCUGUCAGAGUUCCCACUUCAGAUUUGUACCGAGAUGACCGUCAUGGGGUGCAGCUUCAUAACCAUCCUUCCUUGCACAUUCCCAGGGAUGCAUUGCCUUUACAUAGAGAAGAAGUCCCUACUGACCCGCUUCUUUUCAGUGAAAGAGCUUAUCAUACUUAUGGUCUCAGGGGAGCUGCACCAUCAAUUCCACCUGUUCCAGACCCUAGAUCUCUUCCUUUAGAUGUUUACCCAAGGGAUUCCAAUUAUACAUAUGGUCAUAACGUUUCAUCAUCAGAUCCGCUGAGACGGGAGGCAGUCCCGUCAGAUCCAUAUGCUCUGCCACUGCGAAGGGAGGCAGUUCCGUCAGAUCCAUAUGCUCUGCCACCGAGAAGGGAGGCAGUCCCGUCAGAUCCAUAUGCUCUGCCACCGAGAAGGGAGGCAGUCCCGUCAGAUCCAUAUGCUCUGCCACCGAGAAGGGAGGCAGUCCCGUCAGAUCCAUAUGCUCUGCCACCAAGAAGGGAGGCAGUACCCUCGGAUCCAUAUGUUCCACUGCCGCUGAGAAGGGAGGCAGUUCCGUCAGAUCCAUAUAUUCCACUGCCGCUGAGAAGGGAGGCAGUUCCUUCAGAUCCAUAUAUUCCAUUGCCAAGGAGAGAAACUCAUGUGCCUAACUACGACUAUAACGCUCCUCCACAAAGGAGACUUCCUGGUGAUGAGGAAAGACUCGAAAGAUUAUAUUCACCGUAUGCUCCACAUAUGUUGACAGACUACAACCAAAGACAACAUCUAGUUCAUGGCGCUGAUCACGCAGCUGGAACUGUUUCAUCCAGAUACUCGUUCCCCGGACCUUCCAUAUCAUACCGCUGACUGAGAUUUUCUCCAUAGUUACUGUAAUUUAUUCGAGUAGAGUGUCAAUCUAGGUUUUAAUGUUUCUUUUCUCAAACAAUCUGUUCCAUUUUUCUCUUUUGUCAUUGUCAUUUCGGCAAUGCUGGAAAUGAGAUCACUUGGGUCUUGCAUGGAAGAUUAUAAACAAGUAAAUCAAUGCACUUCCAGUAUCAAAAAAUUUGUGAAGAGUUGAAUUAAGUUAAAUCCUUUUCCAUUGUAUUGUUACCAAUCUCCAA